AUGUAUGUUCAGGCAAGUCCCUUCGUAACCUGCAAGUAUCACAGUAUUCCCGAUCACCAUAUCCCAGAUCCUCGUGACGACGGGAAGGGCUAUUGCUGGGUCAGUGUGAUACUCCUUCCGGAGGCGAGGAAUGGCACACACAGCGACGAAGAGAUUAUGUCCUUUGUAAUUCAAAAGUGCAAGGCUGGCAAAACCGCCAUGACCCAUCAACCACUGCAUGGGCUUGGAGAUCACUGUAUCUCGUUGCCAGUCAAAUGGAAUACACCUAGACAAAAUCUGCGUACAGUUCGAGAUCAGGCUGCAGCUCUCGCAUCAUGGUGGCUUGUCAAAAUUCGUGAAAGGAGGGUUACUAUCGAUCAGAAGAUGAUUUUUGACGACCGCACCACAGGAGAGUUCAAAAAUAUGUUAAAUGUAAUCCCCCCCGAGUGGGAAAAGCCCGAAUAUUCAGAUUAA